AUGGCUUCCAACUAUAAUCAGUUCGAUGACUCCGACGAUGACGAAGCUUUCAACCCGGCCCCCGCCGAUGUCUCUGAUGACGAGAAUGCCAACGGCGAUGCUGAUCACCAGAGGAGCGACGCAAGGGAUCACAGCCCUGCCCACGACGAUGAAGAGGAGGCAUCGCCGGUUGCCGCCAAGUCAGGAAGUCGCGCUGUGAAUGACGACGAGGCUGAAGAGGACGAGGAUGAUGAAGACGAUCAGCCACGGGGCAGGGCCGGCGAUGACGAUGAGGACGACGAAGAUGACGAGGAUGACGAGGAUGAUGUUCAGCAGGGCCAUCGUCGCAAGCGCCACCGAGACAGGCGCGCCGCUUUCUUCGAUAUCGAAGCCGAAGUCGACGAUGAGGAAGAUGGCGAGGAUGACGAAAAAGACGGCGAAGAGAUAGGAGACUUUAUCGACAACGAACAUCCUGACGACGUCGUCGAUACCGGAAGACUCAAUGACGAUCGCAGGCACCGCGAGCUUGACCGUCAGCGAGAGCUGGAGUCCAGCAUGGACGCCGAGAAGCAAGCCGAGAUCCUCCGCCAACGUUACGGCAAUCGUCGCGCAGCCAAGGGCUUCGGUGACUCGACCGUGGUUCCCAAGCGUCUGCUGAUGCCUAGUGUUGACGAUCCCACUAUUUGGGCCGUGCGAUGCAAGGAAGGAAAGGAGCGAGAGGUUGUCUUCUCUAUUCAGAAGAGGAUCCAAGAGCGCAUGGGCACAAAAGAGGAGAUGGCCAUCAUCUCUGCCUUUGAGCGUGGCGGCACCAACUCGGUCAUGAAGGGCUAUAUUUACGUUGAGGCAGCGCGUUCUGGCGAUAUCAUGGCCGCACUCGAUGGCAUGCUCAAUGUCUACCCCCGAAGCAAGCUGAUUCUGGUUGAGAUCAAAGACCGUCCCGAUCUUCUGCGCGUCACCAAGACCGCGACCCUAGAGCCAGGAGCGUGGGUUCGGCUCAAGAGGCCACAGAAACACGCUGGCGACCUGGGCCAAGUUGUUGAUGUUACCGAGAGUGGCCUUGAAGCUCGUGUUCGUUUCAUCCCCAGACUGGACUAUGGUGUACGGGACGACUCCGCCACCCAGAUUACGGCUGAUGGCAAACGCAAGCGUCCGGUGGGCAUGCCCGGCCCCCGGCCUCCGCAGCGCCUCUUCAACGAGGCCGAGGCUCGCAAGCGACACCCUCGGUUCAUCCAAGGCAACCCUCAAACCAAAAUCUGGACCUACAUGGGAGAUGAUUUCGAGAAUGGCUUCCAGGUGAAGGAAUACAAGAUUCAGCAGCUGGUUGUUACCGAUGUCAACCCUACUCUAGAGGAGGUCACCCGUUUCGCCUCAGGUGCCGAGGACGGCACGGAAAACCUUGAUCUGAAGGCGCUUGCUGCAAGCCUGAAGGACAGCAACACCAACGUCACAUAUCUGCCCGGCGAUGUUAUUGAGGUGUACGAAGGCGAGCAGAAGGGCGUCGUCGGUCGAGCUACCACCGUUUCUGGUGACAUCGUCACCUUGGAGGUUAUCGAGGGCGUCUUGGCGGGUCAAGUCAUCGAAGUGCCCACCAAAGGCUUGCGCAAGCGGUUCAAGGAGGGUGACCAUGUAAAGGUCAUCGGUGGCAGCAGAUUCCGGGAUGAAGUUGGUAUGGUUGUCAAGAUUCAAGACGAUCGUGUCACCUUUGUCACCGAUCAGACAAACAUGGAAGUCACCGUCUUCAGCAAGGAUGUACGCGAGGCCAGCGACAUGGGCGGCCAGGGAUCCCUCGGCCAGUACUCGCUGCUUGAUCUUGUUCAACUGGAUCCCACGACUGUCGGAUGCAUCGUUAAAGUCGAUCGCGAAUCGGUUGCUGUCCUCGACCAAAAUGGCGACGCCCGUCAAGUCGUGCCGUCGCAGAUCACCAACAAACUCCCUCAGAGAAAGAUUGCUGUUGCGGCCGACAGAAACGGAUCAGAGAUCCGCCUUGAUGACGUUGUCCGUGAAUGGGGUGGCCAGCAGAGACAGGGCAAGAUCAUCCACAUCUACCGAUCUUACAUCUAUUUGCACAGCCAUGACAACAAGGAGAAUGCUGGUGUGUUUGUGACCAGGGCAGGCAACGUCACCACUAUCGCAGCCAAGGGUGGGCGCGUGGUCCCCAGCGGCCCCAAUCUGGACCAGAUGAACCCUGCCAUGAAGAGGCUUCCUGCUGGCUCAGAUGGCAAGAUGGCGCCCCCCAAGUCCUUUGGUCGUGAUCGCGCGCUUGGCCAGACUGUCAUUAUCAAGAAGGGCGGCUACAAAGGUCUGCUGGGUAUUGUCAAGGAUACCACGGAAACACAUGCACGGGUUGAGCUGCAUACCAAGAGCAAAACCGUCAGUGUGCCCAAAGACCAUCUCAGCUACAAGGACAAGAACACGGGAGCCGUUAUCGAUAUUGGUGGCCGUGGAGGCCGUGGAAGGGGCGGCGGCUUUGGCAGCGGAGGUGGUCGCGGCGGCGGCGACUCGGGCUGGCAGGGAGGUCGCACACCCAUGGCCGGCGCAGAGCGUACUCCGGCGUGGGGCUCUAGGACACCCGCAGCGAACCACGGUGGUAGAACCCCCGCUUGGAAGUCGAGCGGAUCGGGUGAUCUUGGUUCCCGCACGCCUGCAUGGGCGGAUGGCUCACGCACAGCUUAUGGAGGUGACGGCAGCCGUACCGCCUACGGCAGCGGGAAUCGAACACCGGCGUGGCAAUCUGGCGCCCGUACGCCUGCCCCUGGUGGCGAUGCGUUCGGCCUUGGAUCAAGAACGCCAGCUUACGGCGCUGAUACCUGGGGCUCCGGAUCCAAGACGCCCGCUUAUGGAGGAGCCUCAGCGCCAACGCCCGCUGCUAGUGGAGGUGAUUCAUGGGGCGGCUACUCAGCUUCCGCCGCCUACGAUGCUCCCACGCCCGGUGCCGGCCUCAGCGCACCCACACCCGGAGCGCUCAAUGCCCCUACACCAGGCGCCUACUCAGCCCCCACACCCGGAGCCGUCAACGCGCCAACACCCGGCGGCUGGGCCGGCGGUUGGGGCGGCGCGGAUGCUGCCCCAACCCCAGCGGCCGCUGCGCCCACACCCGCUGCCAGCGGUUUCUCGUCCGGCGCGGGCUACUACAGCGCGCCCACACCAGCAGCAUACGGCGCGCCCGAGACACCUGCUGCGAGCGGUCCUCGCUACACGGAUGACGAUUAG